CGCGCCUUCGUUUCUGACCACUGCCACGAAUGACCACUGCAGGCCGAAGCCUUGCUUCAAAACGUCCUCGGACACGCUAUUCAGGCCCAUUUCAGAACAGCAAGUAAAAGCCAUCGACGUCAUUUUCACUGUGAGUCAAUUACAAUGGAUGACGAAACCCAGUCCAAUCACAACAAACCUGACUACGACGCGAGUGUGUACUCGGAGAACGUCUCGUGUUCUUUCCCCACAAUUACUAAGUUGCUAAAUUAUUACAACUUGACGUUCGACAAUCCGCUAGACAUCGGCAUCGGGCAAGAAAACGUGAGUCCAUGUGGACCAUUGCAGUUUCUAGACGUGGGCUCCGGUUGCGGUCAAGUGACCCUCAAAAUCCUGCUGCCCAAUGUUCCAGAGAAUGUAGGCAUAAUUGUAGGGGUUGACGUGUGCGCCAACAUGGUUUCAUACGCCCGUGAGCAUUCCUCUCAUCCAAAGCUAGCAUACGAAGAGCUGGACAUAACAGGCGAUGUCUCCGAGUUCCUCGGCCAGUACGGACAUUUCGAUCGCCUCUACUGCUUCAACAGUCUUAACCGCGUGAAAGACCAGACCAAGGCAUGGCGCAACAUGGCGAAGCUAUUGAAGCCUGGAGGAGAGUGUCUUCUGUUUUACGGCGCUUGGUACGUUACACCGGAAAUUUGGAGGGCAUUGGCCAGAAAGGAACGCUGGAGCAGAUUUACGGAGGUGUGGGAAGGCCUCAUUCCACCGUCACAGGAUAUGGGGAGCACUGAAGAGAGGCUCGAAUAUGUCCGAUCACUGGCGAAGAACGUUGGGCUGGAAUUGAGGAGCUGCGAGAUGGCUCACAUCCAUCUCCCCUUAGAAGAAUGGUCCGGAAUGCUUGCUGCAUUGAUACCAGGAAAUAACACUCUGACUGCUGAAGAAAGGCGCGUCUUGUUCCAAGACACUAACGAAGAAUUCGAGAAGUGGCUACGAGGGCGCAAGAAUCCACUCUUAGCUGACAACUAUGUAAUCCACGGGAUAAAGCCGAUGAAACGGCACACAUAAAUAUGAUACCACACUACAGAAUGCAGUAUUAGCUUGAAGGAGGUGUACCCUUUCACCUACUCUGCUCCGGCGAGUCACGUUUGAGGAAAGGCGUCGCACCCAAUGGCGAAAUUAGGUGCCGUUUCGCUCCUACAGAUGGCAGAUGCCGGUUUUUUCGUUCAAAGGUUUUUAGGUUGAAUA